AUUUUAAACUUCAAAUGGAUAACAAAGUAGCAUGUGUUUUGUCACCUUAUCUCACAUGUUAGCUAGCUGCAUGGACCAUCUCUAUUAUUUUCUUUUUUUCUUCUGCCUCAAGUUCUCAACAUAACAACUAUAUAUAAAUCACUAAUCACUGUUAUGAAUUCAACACCAAAAGAAACACAAGUUUUUCAUUAGUAUUUACAUCUAUGAAAAUGGAAAAUCUUAGUAAGUACUUCAAGGUUUUGAUUAUCUGUCUUUUGGCCGCAUCGACUCAUGCACAAUUGGAGCUAGGGUUUUAUGCUAAGAGCUGUCCAAAAGCUGAACAAAUCAUUCAGAAAUUUGUUCAUGAACAUAUCCGCAAUGCUCCGUCGCUUGCGGCCGCGUUAAUAAGAAUGCAUUUUCAUGAUUGUUUUGUUAGGGGAUGUGAUGGAUCAGUUCUUCUGAACUCAACAACCAACCAAGCUGAAAAGAAUGCUCCUCCAAAUCUUACAGUUAGAGGAUUUGAUUUCAUUGACAGAAUCAAGAGCCUUGUUGAAGCUGAAUGUCCUGGUGUUGUUUCUUGUGCUGAUAUCAUAGCCUUAUCUGCUAGAGACUCUAUUGUUGUCACAGGUGGUCCCUAUUGGAAAGUUCCAACAGGUAGAAGAGAUGGAGUCAUAUCAAACUUAUUGGAAUCCAGUCAAAACAUUCCUGCUCCAUUUAACAACUUCACCACCCUCCAAACUCUCUUUGCCAAUCAAGGACUUAAUUUAAAAGACUUAGUCCUCCUCUCAGGUGCUCACACAAUUGGAAUCUCUCUUUGCACUUCAUUUUCGAACCGUUUGUACAAUUUUACUGGAAAGGGUGAUGAAGAUCCAUCACUUGACAGUGAAUAUGCAACAAAUCUGAAGACAUUCAAAUGCAAGAACAUCAAUGACAAUACUACAAUAGUCGAAAUGGACCCCGGAAGUCGAAACACUUUUGAUCUUAGUUAUUAUAGUCAAGUUGUCAAGAGAAGAGGUUUGUUUGAAUCUGAUUCUGCAUUAUUGACAAAUCCAGUUACAAAGUCUUUGGUGACUCAAUUUCUUCAAGGGACACUUGAAAAUUUCUAUGCUGAAUUUGCUAAAUCAAUUGAGAAAAUGGGUCAAAUUAAAGUUAAGACAGGGUCACAGGGUGAGAUCAGGAAACAUUGUGCACUUGUAAAUAGCUAAGAAUAAGAAUCUUGUCUUGUUGAUUUAUGUUUUUGGGUGUCAUGUUUUGUCUCAAUAAGUCAGACCCUUAUGGUAUGGGGUGUUUUAUGUGUGUUGUAAUAAUUUUAAUAAUAAAUUGCUUUAAUCAAUUGUAAUUUAUAUUUUCUGGUAUGGUGGUACAUUAUGUUCUUGUUGUAAUAAAAGUAGAAUUGAGAGAGAGUUUCUAGUGUCAAUAAUAUAU